AUGAUUGAGGUGGAUCUGGAGGUGGGUCUGAUGGCAGCUGAAGCCAUCGUGGCCGUGGAGGAGGAGGUGAAGAAGACGGGCACCUCGUCGUCGUCGUCGCCCUCGAGGGGCUGGAGGAUUUAUGUGGCUCUUCUGGCCAUCGGACUGUGUGCUGCUGCCGCCAUCUUCUUCUCUGUCCACGACCAGUCCUCAAUGCUGUCAACUCAGAAAGAAGGAGAAUCUGAAGGAAAUGAAGGAAACUAUAACAAGGAGUCACAGCUUUUGCACUGGGAAGAUGAUGCAGACCAAGCUUUUUCAGUUCCUAAGAUGGGUGGACUGAAACUUGAGGACAACAAAAUUGUCAUCCCCAAGAAUGGCCUGUACUUCGUCUACAGCCAAGUGUCCUUCAUAGUGAAUUGCGUUGUCAGCCAAAAUGAUGACCAACCCCUGAAGAACAUGCUGGAGCAUAUUGUUUUCCGCAAGUCAACCACACUGCCGCAGCGCGGGGAGCUGUUGCAUGCAAGGCACACCACCUGUGAGAAGGUGGUGAAGGAGGGCAAGGACGAAGGCCAACGCUGGUACACCACCGUUAACGUGGGGGCCGUUUUCAAACUGAACGCAGGAGACAAGCUCUUCACCGACACAGAGCCCUUGGAAGGAGCCAGUGUAGAUGAUGCGAGUGGACAGACCUUUUUCGGAGCCUUUGCACUCUGA